AUGAAUCUUCCUUGUUGAAUGCCUCCCAGUUUCCUAGUGGAUUUCACAUCUGGAGAAACACUUUUCCUUCAAGUCACUCUGUGGCAGACUGAAUUGUGGAUCCAGGAUUCCUAGGACUUUGGAUCUUGAGGAGGCGGCCGCUGCUGAACUGCGCUAACCCAACUUCGCAGCCACAAUGGUGCUGUCACAAAGGCAACGAGAUGAGCUAAAUCGAGCGAUAGCAGAUUACCUUCGUUCUAACGGCUAUGAAGAGGCAUAUUCAGUUUUUAAAAAGGAAGCUGAAUUGGAUGUGAAUGAAGAGUUAGAUAAGAAGUAUGCUGGACUUCUGGAGAAAAAAUGGACGUCGGUUAUAAGAUUACAAAAGAAGGUUAUGGAAUUAGAAUCGAAGCUGAAUGAAGCUAAGGAAGAAUUUACAUCAGGUGGACCUCUCGGUCAGAAACGAGACCCUAAAGAGUGGAUUCCCCGCCCUCCAGAGAAGUACGCGUUGAGCGGACAUAGGAGUCCUGUCACUCGAGUAAUUUUCCAUCCAGUUUUCAGUGUUAUGGUCUCUGCUUCAGAGGAUGCCACAAUAAAGGUGUGGGAUUAUGAGACAGGAGACUUUGAACGAACCCUUAAGGGGCAUACAGACUCUGUGCAAGAUAUUUCCUUUGACCACACUGGCAAACUGUUGGCCUCCUGUUCUGCUGAUAUGACCAUUAAGCUAUGGGAUUUCCAGGGCUUUGAGUGCAUCAGAACUAUGCAUGGUCAUGAUCAUAAUGUUUCUUCAGUAGCCAUCAUGCCCAAUGGAGAUCAUAUAGUUUCUGCUUCAAGGGAUAAAACUAUCAAAAUGUGGGAAGUUCAAACAGGUUAUUGUGUGAAGACUUUUACGGGACACAGAGAAUGGGUGCGCAUGGUGCGGCCUAACCAGGAUGGCACCUUAAUUGCCAGCUGUUCUAAUGACCAGACAGUGCGUGUUUGGGUGGUAGCGACAAAGGAAUGCAAAGCUGAGCUCCGAGAGCAUGAGCACGUGGUAGAGUGCAUUUCUUGGGCUCCCGAGAGCUCAUACUCCACCAUAUCAGAAGCUACGGGAUCAGAGACUAAGAAGAGCGGCAAGCCUGGGCCUUUUCUGUUGUCUGGAUCCAGAGACAAGACCAUUAAGAUGUGGGACAUUAGCACUGGCAUGUGCCUUAUGACCCUUGUGGGCCAUGAUAACUGGGUACGUGGCGUUCUGUUCCAUUCUGGGGGAAAGUUUAUUUUGAGCUGUGCUGAUGACAAGACCCUACGUGUGUGGGACUUCAAGAACAAGCGGUGCAUGAAAACCCUCAAUGCGCACGAACACUUUGUUACCUCUUUGGAUUUCCACAAGACGGCACCAUAUGUGGUUACUGGAAGUGUAGAUCAAACAGUAAAAGUGUGGGAGUGCCGUUGAUUGAAUUCACAUUUGACCCCCUUUUCCUCUGGAUGCACUCAGAUACCAUGGUUACCCAUUGAGCUCUGUUUAAAUAAAUAUUGUCCUUUCAUGUAAAUUAUUCUGGAUGUAGAUUGAGCUUAUUAAAUGUUACACACAAAGUAUUCAUGCAUGGUGAAUCCAAAUUGUAUACUGUAAAUUUACAUACGUUGUCUAGAAGUACCAUAGGUUUAAGAACAUGGGCUGGCAUUGGUCACAUCAGACCUAAGAAGGCAGAAGUUGGAUAACUGAAAUAGGGCACUUAACUGAAUAGUUGACAGUGUCGUUCUAUGUCGGAUAAUUAUACCUGUUUUUCUUUCUGCUGUCUGUUGGUGCCUGAAUUGGUGACCUCAUUUGGGAAAAGUUUUGUAGGGCUCUUUCAGAAAUGUGUAUCUAUGUAACAUCACUUAAGUGUGCUUAAUAAAUCUUCUCUAAGGAUACUAGAUAAUAAGGCUGCAAUUCAGAAUCUUCUGAACCUUAUAUAUAAUUAAUGGAAAUUAAUUAAACUUUGGAAUAUUUGUCAUGAAACAUUUGCCAAAUCAACGGAAUACACUUGUUUUGGCCUCCUAUCACACAAGGGUUGGUAUAUUUAUAUAACUAACUGUAAAACUGAAAUAAGACAACAAAUCUUAGUAGCAGCUGAUGUGAUAAAUGUAUUUAUUUUUUAUUUGGUCAUGCAAUGGUUAAGCUGUGCUGUUGAACUAAGUUUAAACCAUUUUUUUUUCUUCUCUUAAUGCUGGACAAACUUCCAGGAGGAGUUGUCCAUCACACUAGAAUUUAGUGACCUGAUUUCCAGUAGAGCUGAAUCUCCCAAAUGACUGCCAUGGUACAACUUGUUUGCUUUCAAUGUUCGUUAGAAAUGUGCAAUUCUCAUUACACAACAGUAUAAAGUACAUUUCCCUCGUAUUCACAUGCAGGAGGUUGGGGUAUACAAACGUUUCUUUAUUUUAGUGCCUCCUUGGAAACCCUUUGGAAAAUGAGGUUAUAUAUACCUUGAAGACGUAAUGUGGCUUGAAUAAAAACUUACUUUGAUUUGCAUAUUGAGAAAUAUCUUGGGAUACAGUAUUUAAAUGCUUUAAAGAAAAGUACUAAAAACCUUGUACAUCAGAUUAUAAUGGCAGAUUCAAAUUGAUAACAAGCUUUUAAAAAA